AUGCUGCCGGAGGUAGAGUACCUCGGAUGGAAGGUGACAGCCGAGGGCAUCAGUCCGACGGAUGAAGGGACGUCGGCGCUACUAGCAGCGCCAGAGCCGCAGGAUGUCCAGCAGCUUCGGUCACUGCUUGGAUCAGUCACGUACUUUGCUCGACUUCUACCUGAUCUGUCAACAGUGCUGUCCCCCCUGUAUCAUUUAUUGAAGAAGGACAGCCCGUGGAAGUGGACCAAGCAGUGUUCGGCGGCAGUCGCAAAGGUGAAGAAGUUGCUGACGAAUCCGCCGGUGCUGAUGCGGUACGAGCCGACUCUUCCGCUGAAGUUGGUGACGGACGCCAGCAGUGUGGGCGUGGGAGCAGCGCUGAUGCACGUGCUGCCGGGUGGUGCAGAGAGGCCCAUUAUGUACGCGUCUCGGACGCUGACGCCGACCGAGCGCAAGUACGCACAAGUUGAGCGGGAGGCCGCGGCGGUGUCGUACGGAGUGAGCCGUUUUCACCGGUUCUUGUACGGCCGCCAGUUCACGCUCGUGGUGGACAACCGGGCGCUCUCUCGGAUCCUCAGCCCUGACAGAAAUUUGCCAACCUUGGCAGCAGCGCGUCUCCAGCGUUAUGCUCUGCAGCUGGCGGCGUAUUCAUACACUGUGGAGCUGCGGCGCUCUGAACAGAUGCAUGUGGCGGACAGUUUGUCUCGGCUGGUGGCGCAGACUGAAGGAGACGAGCAGUCGGAUGACAGUGACAGCUUCAGUGGAGGUCACCUGCUCUAUAUGGACGGAGUGACGCCGGCACUGACUGCGCAAGAGCUGACGACAGCGUCCAGACGGGACCCGAUGCUGAGCAAGGUCCUUACCUACGUGAGGUGCGGCUGGCCCGAUAACGUGGAAGCGGAGCUGGAGCCGUACAAGAGGAGGCGAGAGGAGCUAUCCACAGACGGCGACACGGUGCUGUGGGGUGGACGGACAGUGGUCCCCCAGCGCCUGAGGGCGCGGGUACUGGGCGAGCUGCACGAGGCUCACCUGGGCGCGUCCAAGAUGAAGAACCUGGCCAGACGGUAUGUAUGGUGGCCAGGCAUGGAUGCUGAGCUGGAGGGACUGGCGAGAGACUGCGCGGACUGCGCGGAGAAGCGAGGGGCGCCGCCGCGGAGUGUUCUGCACCCGUGGGAGCCAACUGGCGUGCCCUGGGAGCGUAUCCACGUCGAUUUUGCGGGCCCGUUCCAGUCAUCCUACUUCUUCAUUGUCUAUGAUAGCCAUACGAAGUGGAUAGAGGCGGUGCCUAUGCGCGAGAUAUCGACCGAGAGCACCAUUCGCGAGCUGAGAGCGAUGUUUGCUCGGUUUGGCAUUCCUCGGCAGCUCGUAUCAGACAACGGGGCGCAGUUUACCGCUAUGCAGUUCGCCGAGUUUACCAGAAACAACGGGGUGCGGCACAUCCGUGUAGCACCGUACCACCCCAGCAGUAAUGGCGCUGCGGAGAGGGCCGUUCAGACCGUCAAAGGCGGCCUGAAGGCGGCGCUGAGAGGAGGCGGUACUCUGUCGGCCAGACUGCAGAAGUUUCUGCUCGCGUACCGGGUGGCUCCGCACGCAUCGACUGGGAAGUCACCGUCGGAGAUGAUGCUUGGGAGGAGCAUCAGGACUCGCCUGGACCUGUUACGACCCGAUCCGGCGGGCCGAGUCCGAGACCAGCAGCAGAGACAGGAGAUGGCGGCCGGAGGAGCGAACCGAUCGUUUCUGCUGGGUGAUGAGGUGUGGGUGCGACACUACGGUGGCCCCAGCAAGUGGAAGCGAGGGACGGUGGUGGCCAGAACCGGUCCGGUCUCAUACGAGGUCAAAGUCGGGGAGGCUCUGUGGUCUCGUCAUGUGGACCAGAUGAGAGCGGCUGGCCAGGGCGCUCCGGCCGACGCCAUCGUGUCAGAGAGGCCAGGGACCGCACCGGCACCAGAGACGGCGGACAGCGCCGGACAGCCAGGACCGACAGAGCAGCGUCCGGUGGGACAGCCGCAGUCACCGUCAGAGGUGCAGCCCACGGCCGGCCGCGGCAUCGGUGGGAAGAUGACGGCGGGAGACUCUGCACAGGAAGUCGGAACGCAGACAACAGAGGCUAGUCAGCGAGGGGCCGACGACGCGGAAUGUCAGACGGAACCUGAAACGGACACAUCAGGAGCCGACAGCAGCCGUGAUGAGAGUGACGUAGAGCGGGACUCGGGCGGAAUCAGCCUGAGUAACGCCACUGACAGUGUGCUCGACACUGGACCACGUAGGUCUGAGCGUGUGUCCGAAAGACAAGCUCACUAG